GGGGCGAGCGGCGGCGGAUCGGGGCGUAGCAGCUGGAGUACGUCAGCGGCGAGGGGCGGGGCGGCCGCCGCGGGAUAUGAUAUCAGGCGCCGGGCAGCUGAACCGGGCUAAAAUAGAGAUGGGCUGCGGAACGGCGUGAACGCUGCUAGGGAGCCCGGCCGCCGCCUCGUCCUCCUCUUCCUCUUCUUCCUCCUCCUCCUUCUCCUCCUCUUCCUCCUCCUCCUCCAUUCAUUCUCGGCCGCCUCCCCCGUAUGUCUGCCCGGCCGGCUGAGAGGAUGUCAUUCCCUGUGGAUAUAUUGUUUAACUCCAGUCAUGAGGACUUGAAGAACACUGCAGAAAAGUACUUGUCUAACCUUCGGUCUGCAAGUCCACACUGUCCUGAAUUCUUGUCUCUGCCAGACCACGGCAAAGUUCCUAUUAAGUUGUCAACUGUGGGUUUUGUUCCUCUUUAUGGUGAAGAGCAGACACACAAAGUUCUUGCUUUGUUUGCACCAGGGGACUCAAUUACAGCUGUAGCCCUGUAUCUUGCUGACAAGUGGUGGUCAGUUGAUGACAUUGUGAGAUCAUCUGUCCUUGCUAGACAGGGGCUUCAUCAGGUUAGGUCUGUUGGAGAGAGGAUUGUUCUCUAUGUUUUGAAUCGAAUUAUCUAUCGGACGCGAGAAAUGGAAAGAAAUGAGAUCCCAUUUCUGUGUCAUCGUAGUGAUGAAUAUGCUAAGAUCAUGUGGAAAAAAGGAGAGGCUAUUGGGUUCUAUUCUGUUAAACCCACAGGAAGUAUUUGUAGCUCUUAUUGUGGUAAGAAUUACAAGCUGCCAGUGCUAGACACAGUGUUUGUAAGACACAAACAUCGUGAGAGAGACUCUGGACUAAUCAUUUUGGAAGACUUUGUGGAUUCCUUUACUGAAAAAUGUCUUGGCCUACGAUACCCGCUGUCAUCCUUCAUGUACACAGCUUGUAAGCAGUAUCUUGAGAAGUACCCUCGGGAUGAAAGCCUUUUUUAUGAAGUGAACGGGCCAGGAUAUUGGUUCCAGAGAACAUGUAUUGCAACUGUAGUGCAAAGGGAAGAGCUUCAACUUGCAGAGGCUUCACAGGCAGAAAAGAGCUUCCAAGCAAAGAUUCAUUUUCUGGAGUCUGCAGCAGUAUCUGAAGCAGGUGGACAGAAGACUGAGCUAGAGACACAGCUAAGUGCUGACUUUCAAAAAGGUAAAGAAUCAACAGAUGUCCAUGCAAGCACAUCUGAAGACCCUAACACAGCUCCUACUUCCAUUCGGACACGAAGCAGUCAUUUAAAACGUCCCAGGAUAGGAACGAUGAGGCAAGAAUCUGAACCUGGAACUUCCCAAGGAAAUGAGGAAAAUGAUCUUGUGUCAGAAAGCAGGCUGGAACCUCCUGCCCACACGUCUGAAAGCUCUGAAGGUUUAGUAGAGGUACCUGAGGAGAAUACUGUUGAGAAGGAUGAGGAAAAGACAGAUGAAAAUGAGGGCCAGUCUCUACCAGAAGUGGAGCUACAUGUAUCAAACCCUGAGAAGCGGAGUGAGGAGGAGGAAACUCUAUCAGAGCCUCUUAAUGGUGAGGUAACAGAAGAGACUAAUAAGGCCUAUAUUGUGGUUGAAGAAGAAACAGCAAAUGAAGUUCGAAGUAGUGAACCAAAAUUGCAGUCUGAGAAUCAAGGAGAAGAACCCUUAACACUAUUUGUUCCUUUAAUCCUUGAGUCUGCAGCAAAACUUUCAGAAGACACUAUAUCGGAGAAGGGAGCGACUGUGAGUGAUUCAGAAAUGCUGACUGAAGAAAGUACAUUGGAAAAGGAGGACACUGAAGAACAGCAAGAAUCUGAAAAGACUGCCACUGAAAAUGCAGCUGCUUUGCCAUCAAAGGAAGAGUCCUCUGACAAUGGCCUGCCCAACUCUGUGGUAACUGAAGUAGUAGAAGAACCUGUUUCUGAAAAUGUCUCUCCCAAAACGACUUCCUCGUUGGAAGAUCAAAAUGAGGAAGCAGGGCACAACUCACAGGAGGCCCCUGUUGCCUUGAGUCAGAGUUCUUUGAUAAUGGUUGAACUUGAUGGGCUUUCUUUUCAGCAGCCUUCUGGACAGGAAGCACAGAAGAACCAGUUGGAAGAGCAGUCAGAAGAGACUGUUGAGCAGAUGGAUCAGUACACACAGACAGGAGCAGAGCGGGCUGCUGACAGCAGCUCUGAGGAAGCAGAAAUUGAGGUACCUGUUGUAGAUCGGAGAAACUUGCGAAGAAAGGCCAAAGGCCACAAAGGUCCACCCAAGAAAAAAGGAAAGCCAGUUUAAAAAUGGAAUACUGAUUGUUAAUUCAUCUAUUUAUAAGAAAGUUAUUAUUUUGUGUAAAACACUAGGAUUUCACUAAACCAUAUGGGACAUGGGACACACAUGUUUAAAAUUCUGGGUUGGACUUCCUUUUGGGAUUCAUCAACUUUCAUGAAGUUUUCUUGAAUUUUUAACUACUAGACAUUAAGCUUCAGAUUAUGAAAGUAAACAGCCUGUCUCCUCCUUUUAUAAAGGGUACAUGCUGAAUACAGUUGUGCUAGCAAAGGCAACAGUUUACUUAUUUGAGGUGGUAGUCGUGGAAGAAAAAUGCAGCUUGAAAUCCUGGCCCUGUUGAGGUUCCCUAAAUUCCAUGAGGCCAGAGAUCACUCUAGCGUUUAUUAUGUUUUCUAAGUAACUUUUUGUUUUCUACUGUGGGGGGAAGCAGAACAAGAAAAUCCUUCCUUGCUGCUUGUUCCCUCCCCAUAAUUUUCUCACAUGAGAUUAAAAGAAUGAAAUAUUUUGUAAAUCAAAAUACACAAGAAGGUAAAACUCAGUAGAUCAAAACAACAUAAGCAGCAUCUGUCUUUCAUGAGAAUUGCUUGAAACAGCUGUGUCAGUAGAAACACAGUCAGCGCAGUAUCUGCCAUGGCGCACUCUGACAAUGCAUUUUUUUACUUGGAGAUUAAGAGAUGCCUACAGAGUAAAUUACUGGUAGCUUCCAAAGCAAGCAUCUCGGUAAGUCUAAGGUGGUUUUUUGUUUUUUCUCAGUGUAUGGAGCAUAGACUCCAGUACAUACACGUAAUCAUUUGAACCGCCUUCCUAACUAUUUGCAUGUGUUGAGUGGAUACUUGAUUACUGGUUACAUUACAGGAAAAGAAUAUGACAACUUUUGAUCCCGUUUUUGUCUGAACGGAAGCAGUGCUUUGUUUUCCAAAUAGUUGGCUCGUCCUGUGGGAUAACUAUUAAAAUGUUGUGUCUGCCAAGUGUGACUUCUGCGAACACUGGCAUUUCAGGUGGUUGUGACAUUCAUUAGUGUGAAUAUUAGUGGGUGUUUCAGCAAAUACUUGCUUGCCAAACUUCUAUACCUUUAGGAGUUAGCAGGAGAUUGCCUCUAAAUACUUCCGAUUCCCACUUUCUUUUUCUAACUUGGGUGUAAUCCCUGGAAUGAUAGCUUUCCUGUUCACAGCUUUCCUUAAAAGCAGCAACCAAACUUUGCUGUAAGCAAACAGAAAUAAAAACAGGCUUUUCAUGCAUGUUCCCUUUGAGACAUUCUCCUGGCAAGCCAUGUAUUUAACUUAAUUUGUCACACCUAGAAUAAGUUUACUCCUUAGUUGGCAAAGUGUUUCUUUCAAUAAAGGAAGCUCCUCUAGUUUCCUGUUCAGAGAACAGGAAAUCACACUACUAUUUGUCCUGCUGUAUGUCUUUUCUAAGAGGGGUGAACUAGUCUCCCACAGUGUCUCAAAAACAGAGGUAUCUAGAAAUUGCUGUUCAGGACUUCUGAGUACAAGGUUCACUUGAAUAGUUGCAAUGCUGUCUUAACUGUUAUCCCUCUGAAUCUAAUCUAAGAAUCUGGUUUUGGAUUUUAUACUUAUACAGUUUAAUUGUAAUAUUUUAGCUGUAUAAGAUAGAUUCAUACUAUAUCUUUCAGCUGAUGAAGUACCAUGCCCCUUUUUAAUCUGGUAAGAGCAGCUCGUGGGGGGGGAAAAGAAAAGUGUUUUUUAAAAACCCCCAUGUAUUAUGUAAAUUGUAGAUUCAGGGGGUGCAUGAGUUAAAUCUGGGUUUCUUGAACUAUUGGAUGUAGCUGUAACUUCUAUCAAUGUACAUACAGGUAUUCCUUAUGAACCCUGUGACUGAUAAAUGAUCAAGCUCUUUCAUGGUUGGUUGUAAACAUAUUCAAGUGAACCUUAAUUAUUUCUAAAACUAAUCAAGCAUAUGCUAUAAAGCACAUAAGACAAAAGUUCUGUUGUGUGGCUUUUCUUUUACUGCUAAGAUUUAUUGUGUUAAAAAAACCCCAAAACCCACAAACAAAAAAACCAAACAGAAAAACAAAAACUGAACAAAAGGUGGCUGAACGAAAUAGAAAACACAUCUAUUGCAUUGCAAAGAAUUUGUCAGUUGUGAGGGCUGGUGCUUAAAGCGUGGUUGUAUACAGUAUAUUGUGACUCAUCUUCCACUUUUAGAGCAAACUUCACUAAAGAUUGAUCUGCCAAAUACUUCAGUCAAUUACAAAUGUAUCCACUUUCAAAAAGUUAAGGAUUCUUUUGUUUAUGAAAAGUGAGUCCCAGUUAUUUUAAUUAGUUCUAGGUAACUUGAUACAUACAUUUAUUGCUUGUAUUCCCUGAGGUUGGAAAACUGCUCAUGAGAAGGUAAUGUCACUCACCUGGCCUUUACUUUUCAUGGCUAAGUUGGAGCCAAUUUCAGUUAGUAUCUUUCUUUUAAGAUAUUUGCGUCUUGAAUACAUGAAUAUUAUAACAAGAUCAUUAGAUUAGGUCAGUCUUGGUUUCUACUUGGAACAGUCAGCUUUCUGAUCUCAUUUCAGUGAGUCAAUUUUAAAUACUGAACUUAAAUUCACAUCUCCAGGUAUACUCUUGAGUAGAUACCUCUGUAUGUCUGGGGUACCUGAAAUAGUACCUGAUGGCCAGACUGUCACAUAUGGAAUGUAGGCAGUUGGGUGCAAUUAGCAAUUUCGAUAACUAGUACAGUCUUGAAAACUAGACAUUGUUCUAACUGUGGUUGCAACAGUACUUUGAACUAAAGGGUGCAGUUCAUAACUUCGUUGGCAUCAAUCAUGCAGUAAAUACAGUAGCAAAAUCAGAAUACUGACUUUAAAUAAUAGUUUUUAUUGUUGUGUUGACUGUCCCAUUGGAACAGUAGUUGAAUACUCUAUACUUCCUGUUCCAUUAAUACAAGGGAACAUGCCUGACAACUGAACUGACUGAAGUGCGUUACCUUGGGGAAAAAGUGGUUUUUAGGCUUGGAUGAUUUUUCUUUGGUCUGUUAACUGACUGUCUUGCUACCAUCAAACUCACAGAAUUUAAGAUCUUAUUGCACCAGCAACCAAUGAUUAAAAUAUCAACUUUAUACGAGUUUGUACCAAAUGCUGUUACAACAGGCUGUAGAAAUACAUGUGUACAGUGAAAGCAAGACGUAUUAUUUUUGAGCUCUAUUUAGCCUAGAGAUAAAGAAUAUUAAUUUGUGGCUUCAGCCUUGCACUUAAAUGGUAAAUGGUUUGGAUUUGAAUCCAAGGUCUUUUUCAAAUAUCUGUCUUCUACUGCUUAUUAACAGGAUUUGCUUUGCUUCUCUCAUUAUCUUUUGGUCUAUUUUCAUUUCAUGCAGGAUUCUUGUUUGCUGUUCUCAUGUUUUGUAGCCCUUUGUGUGAAAGUAUAUACAUGUCUUAUUUCAAAGGCACUUCAGUGCUUAAGUUGUCUGACCUGUUUGUUCUGCUCCUUAUACAACAUCAUUUGCAGCAGUCAGUAAGCAAAUUGAUCAUUUACCAUGUCAUCAACACUACUUACUUAAACAUAGCAACAAAUAGGCCCAAGUUUCAGCUUCUCUGCUUUUAAGUGAUCAUUAUGAGACUUUCCAAAAGGAUGCACUUCUAAGUGGUGGUAGAUGUUUUCUAAACUAGUGGUAUGCUGUUUAUAAAUCUUAAGAAAGUUGUAUUACUAUUCUGGAGUAUUGUACUGAAGUCUUGUUACCGUGUGAGUUUUUCCUUUACUUUAGUACUGUCUUGGCGCCUUUUGAAAUGUUUUGAAGUAGUAAUUAAACUUAUAUUUUGUGAUUACUUUU